AUGCAUGCAUCCAAAAAUGGUCAACUUGAAGUUGUAAAAUAUCUUAUCUCAGUUGGAGCAAAUAAAGAAGCAAAAACUAAUGAUGGAUCUACUCCACUCAUUAUUGCAUCAGAAAUAGGUUUUCUCGAAGUUGUUAAGUAUCUUAUAUCAGCUGGAUCUGAUAUAGAAGCAAAGGAUCAAAAUGGAUAUACACCCCUCAUGUUUGCAUCAGCUAAAGGUCAUCUUGAAGUUGUUAAAUAUCUUAUAUCAGUUGGAGCUAAUAAAGAAGCUAAAACUAAUGAAGGACAUACUUCACUCAUUUGUUCAUCAAUUGAAGGUCAGCUUGAAGUUGUUAAAUAUCUUGUCUCAGUUGGAGCUAAUAAAGAAGCAAAGAAUAAUUAUGGAUACACCUCACUCAGUGCGGCAACAAAUAAUGGCCAUUUUGAAGUUGUUAAAUAUCUUGUCUCAGUUGGAGCUGAUAAAGAAGCAAAGACAACGUAUGGACAAACACCUCUCCUGCGGGCAUCAAUUAAUGGUCAACUUAAGAUCGUUAAAUAUCUUAUUUCAGCAGGAGCUAAUAAAGAAGCAAAGGAUAAUAAUAGAUAUACUUCACUCCUUAUUGCAACCCAAUUAGGCAAGCUUAAUAUUAUUAAAUAUCUUAUCUCAGUUGGGGCCAAUAAAGAAGCUAAGGCUAUAGACGGUAAGAAUCCACUCACGAUUGCAACUGUAUUGGGCAAUCUUGAAAUUGUGCAAUAUCUUAUCUCAGUUGGGGCUAAUAUUGAAGCAAAGAAUGAGAAUGGAACAACACCUCUCAUGGCUGCAGCAGCAGGUGGUAAUCUGGAAGUUGUUAAAUAUCUUAUCUCGAAAGGAGCUAAAAAAGAUGCAAAAGAUAUUGCAGGAUCUACUGCACUCUUCUAUGCAUCAGCUAAUGAACACCUUGAAAUAGUCCAAUAUCUAUCUUCGUUGUAA